CCCGACUGGCAGCCAUAUCUUGACUGUAUGUAUAUCGUCCUAUAAAGACUUCGUUUGGCAUUUGGCGAACCAGCUGACUAGUGUGAGGUAUGAAUUUUACUAUGACGGAAUAUGCAUAGGACAGUACAUUUUUAGAGUAGGGCUUUGCGCGAUAAGUUUGUGGGUGUGAGUUACAUAGGCAGUAUAACACACUGUUGAUAGCGAUGCAGGGCCCUAUUGUUCGUAUUAAUCCUGAGGAGCUCCACAUCGAGACAUUAACCUUCUAUGAUGAGGUAGGUGUACGCAGCUGGCGGCAAGAAGCGGAACAAAACCGCCCAGUACAAUCACCAGUUUGGCACUCCACACGCUUCCAUUGCUACAGUUGACCAUGAUUAAACAUCGGAUGCGUCGCUCCGCGCUGAGUCCGUUCUUUUCAAAAGCGACAAUGCGUAUAGAUGCAGCUUACACUGCGUUCACCAAUGGUACCAUACUGCCCACAUCUAUUUGGCUUGGAUUUCCGACCGACUAGAACAGACGUAAUUAUGGAAUAAGUUUGAAUGGGUCCUUCCAGAGGCUGCAGAAAGACGACUUCGACGCUUUAGCUCAUGAGACCCUACUUGUCACCAGCAAAGUCGUGCGUUGGAUGAAGCACUUUCGUUGGCUGUUCGCUAUUGGCCGCGUAGUUCCAACGCAGUUGAUAUCGUGGCUUUACCCUAAGUAUGAUUGCCUCAUCAUGCUCUUUUCCGGGGAUUAGUAGCGCUCAGUAUAGUUAAUGCGAUUGCAGGAUUGCAGCUUUGAUCAAGGACGAGCAGGUGAGAGCAAUUGUUCCGUUCGGAUGCUGGAGAACCGAUGUUCGAGUUUGACCUUCC